GUGACCUCUGCGUCACUCUCCGAUAUACCGUCGACUUCUGCGUUGCCAUCAUUUUCUCCCUGGAAAACCAUUCUCAUGGCCACCAAGUAUAUUCCCCCUGAGCCGACUAACUCCGGGCCGGAGCCAGCGCCGACGGGUCAGCAGCCAACGAACUACAAACAGGUGUUCGAGGGGAGAGUGGUGACAAAGUUCGUCGACCCAUGCGAGCAGGCAGCCAAGGAGUCCAUGGCAUGCCUCAACAGGCAUAGUUACGACCGCGAUCAGUGCUUGGAUUUCUUCCAGGCAUAUCGAGAUUGCAAGCAGGAAUGGCUAAAACAACGACGGGUGGAUCGUGCGAAUCGGCAGUGAUCACGAAUUCGCUGACCGUAUCAUGUAACGUGGUGCUGUCAAAUAGUGUAUCUAUACGAGUACAACGCC